AUGGCUGCCGCCGCCCGGAGGAGGAUGCGCGGCGCCGAGCAAGCAAAUCUGCCGCCCAGGCCAGGUGUCCAGGUCCCCGGAGGGCUGGCGCGGCCGCUGGUCCUGGCUCUCCUGCUUGCAUCCGCCAUCACGCCCAGUGAGACUGAUUCAUGGAGCCAGCCUGAACUCAAGUCAGAUGUUUCUACUGCAAAUAUGAAUGCUUUAACAAAGGAAAACCAAACCACACCUUCUGCUUCCCGAACCAGCACCACUCUCCCUCCCACAACCAGCACAGAAAAAAGUGGAGCGGCGUCCGUGGCCCCUCGCCCCUCGCCUACUACUGCUCUGUUCCAAGAGGAGGUUGAUAACAAUGAAGAUCCUAGCAUAGAGGAGGAGGAUCUUCUCACACUGAACAGUUCUCCGUCCACUGCCAAAGACACUCUGGACAACGGGGAUUAUGGAGAACCAGACUAUGACUGGACCACCAGCCCCCGGGAUGAUGAGUCCAGUGAAGCCUUGGAAGAAAACAGGGGCUACAUGGAAAUUGAACAGUCAGAGAGACCUUUUAAAACCCCACCCUCAAAUAUAGAAGAGGAAGAUAGCCAUUUCUUUUUCCACCUUAUUAUUUUUGCUUUUUGUAUUGCUAUUGUUUAUAUUACAUAUCACAACAAAAGGAAGAUUUUCCUUCUGGUUCAAAGCAGAAAAUGGCGUGAUGGUUUUUGUUCCAAAACAGUGGAAUAUCAUCGUCUUGACCAGAAUGUUAAUGAAGCAAUGCCUUCUCUGAAGAUUACCAAUGAUUAUAUAUUUUAAAGCACUGUGAUUUGCAUUUGCUUAUUAUGUAAUUUUAUUUGCUUGACUUUUUAUAUGAUAUUGUGCAGAUGUUUGCCAUUGGCAGUUCAUACUUAAAUGAGAGGUAGGCCUCUCUUUAUUUUGCCUUGGUGCUUUGGAAAUUAAGUAUCACGAACAAGGAGUAUAUACUUUUUUAUCUACAUUUUUAGAGGUGAAUUCAAUCAGGUGUCCAAAAUGUGGAGCUACGCAUUACCUGUUAGUUUUUUAUUGUUUUAGAUUUCUUUAUUGUACUUCUUCUGGAAGUGUUAGUAAUGCUACUUUUAAAAAAUCCCAAACUUACAAUUAAAUUCUAACACAUCUGAUACUGCUGACUCAGAUUCUCUUUCUGCCAUCCAAAUACUGUUUAUUAAGCACACAUUUCUUUGUGCUGUCAAACUGUAAUCUACAAGGAUAUAUGUAAUAAUGCUUUACAUAUAAGUAACAUUUUUUUCUUCCAGGAAAAUUGCUUUGGGUAUUUUUGGAUAAUUUAUGUAUAAUUUAUUAUUGCUCAUUCUGACCAUGAUUUUAAGUAGCACAUUAAUAAAUGUGUCUAGAAAUUCUGGCAAUAGAGACUCUGCAGUUUGCAGUGGACGUAAAUAAAAUGUUAUAGAUAGCUUUUUUGGUUUCAAUUACUGAAUUAAAUUUAGAGGUAGAAAUUGUCGUGAAAUAUUAAAUACACGUACAAUUGCUUUUACUUAGCAAUUGAUUGUAGCACGGGUUCCUCCAAGCUUUCAAGCAAGGGGCAGAGUUUAAAAUUAUAUCAUAUUUGUUCACUUGCUUAUUUUUUAUAGUAAGUUUGAAUGAAUUUUAGGAGACAUUGUAAUUUAAAUAAUAUUGUAUCUAGGUCUUUCAAAUUAAAAUUAUACCUGUUUGUAUACAUAAAGGCUGUAUAUGUACACUGACUCUUUCUCCCUUUGUUUUGUUUCUUGUUCUUUUUUAAUAGCAACUGGAAAUUACUUAUUAUAUUUAAUUUUGACUUGUCUUUCUAUCAUAAGGAGUUGAUCAGUAUGUAAAUAUGUGAUUUGAAACAUGGUUGACUUACAGGUGUCACAACAACUUUUUAGAAAACACAACCCCUAAUAUAUGUUAAACACCACUCACAAAACCCAGGUGAGCUAGUGGGCAUGUGGUUUGUGUAGAGAUGGAAGAGGCAGGGUAGUCCAUCAUUUCUCUAGGGUGGACUGUUUACUGUUACAGUAAGGAAGGGAGGCACAGUGGAAGUACACCUGAACUGUUAUUGCAGUAAUUUUUUUCAUAUCUGAAAUUGUAUUAUUUAAUAUUUUGAAUAAGAUUUUAAAAAAUAAAUGGCAAAGAUAUAAAUUCA